AGCGUUGGAGUGUUUGAUUUGUGUCUCUCUCAUGGAGUAUCCCGGAGGAGGAGCGGGGGCGGUGCUGAGCGGCGGGAACGUCCCGGCCUUCCUCACCAAACUGUGGACCCUGGUGGAGGACCCGGACACGGACCCGCUCAUCUGCUGGAGCCCGAGUGGAACCAGCUUCCACGUGUUCGAUCAGGGUCGGUUCUCUAAAGAGGUUCUACCAAAGUUCUUCAAACACAACAACAUGGCCAGUUUCAUCAGACAGCUCAACAUGUAUGGUUUCCGUAAGGUGGUCCACAUUGAGCAGGGAGGUUUGGUGAAACCUGAGAGAGAUGAUACAGAGUUUCAACAUCCGUUCUUCAUCAGAGGACAAGAACAUCUGCUAGAGAACAUCAAACGCAAAGUCACCAACGUGUCGUCUGUGCGUCAGGAGGAAGUGAAGAUGUCUGCAGAUGAAGUGAACAAGAUUCUGAGUGACGUACAGCUGAUGAAGGGAAAACAGGAAACCAUUGACUCCAGGAUCAUCACCAUGAGACAUGAGAACGAGGCUCUGUGGAGAGAAGUCGCCAGUCUGAGGCAGAAACAUGCUCAGCAACAGAAAGUUGUCAACAAGUUGAUCCAGUUCCUCGUGUCUCUCGUCCAGUCCAACAGGAUCCUGGGAGUCAAGAGGAAGCUUCCUCUGAUGCUGAAUGACUCUAGUUCCGCCCACUCCAUGCCUAAAUACAGCCGGCCAUUCUCAUUGGAGCACACGCAGGCUGCAGCCAGUCUGUUCUCAGCUGACUCCCCGGUGACUUCUGGACCAAUUAUCUCUGACAUCACAGAGGUGGUCACGCCUAUAGUUGAGGAUGUGGUCAGUGAUUGGACGGACGCAGGAGAGAGCCAAUCAGUCAGUGUCAAAGAAGAGCCAUCCAGUCCUGAUGUGGAGGUGUGUCCUGUUCUGGAGGGUGGGGCUUUACCUGUGGACACGCCCCUUUCCCCCACCACUUUCAUCAACUCCAUCCUACAGGACGAGACGCAGCUGACCUCGAACACCUCCACCAGCAAUCCUACGACAGUCAGUCCUGUUGUUGUGAUGAGCACUUCCUCCACUGGGCCCCUCCCAACGGCCUCAGCCAGCCAAUCACAUGCCUCUGUCCCCACCCCGAAUGCUGCCCCCAACCCCGUCAAACCUCAGCACAAAUGUCAGACCAUCGCCUGUAUUGACAGACCCCGCCCCCCUCCCUCUGCAGGUGGACUGUCACCUGAUGUUUGGCGGUUCUUAUCAACACGAUCUGACAAGUCUGAACUGGCUGAUCAUGUGGACAGUAUCGACAACAGCUUAGAAAACCUGCAGAGCGUCCUGAACGCACAGACCUUCACCUUUGACACCUCUCCAUUCAUGGAGUUUUUUAGUGCUUCCUGUCCCUCUGGAGACUUCGACCUCGAUAGUUUGGACACUCUGCUGUCUGAAGAAGUUCCUAAAGGAAGUGAUGAAAGCAGCAAUACAAACCACACCGGGAAGCAGCUGGUGCACUACACAGCCACACCUGUCCUGAUGUCUGAGGGCGGGGCUGACCUGCCCUCCCUGCUGGAGCUGGAGGCGGAGCCUUUCUUCAGCACUGACUCGCCCACCGAUGACCCAGCCGCUGCCCUGCUGAGCCACGCCCACCUGGACUCUGACCUCUGAUAUCAUUGGGAGGGGGAGAGGGCAACAGAUGUGAUUUAUUGGUCACCAUUGCAACAGGACAGUCUGAGUGCUGACUCAACAGCAGCAAUAGAUGAUCAUGAAAUCAGUGAUCAGCUGUAGAUCAAUCAGUAGGUCAAAGGUCACAUCUAUAUUCCCACCUUUUAUUUUCCGCCUUUUCUUUUAGCUUUUCUUUGUUCUUCUUCGCUGCUUUAAUUCAAACUCAGGGUCACUCCUGGACCCCGUCCAGUCAGAGGUCUGAGGGCCAUGUCGAUGAUGUCAUAGUGCAGGUGGGCGGGAUCAUGUGACUCAGGUGUUCUGUGUGUUCUGCAUGUUGAUCGGUUGUCUUAGUGUUCGGCUGUAACGUUUAGACAAUGAAGACCCCUGUUACCAUGGAGACGACCUGGAAGCAGAUAGUGACACGUAGAUCAGUCAGAUCAGGUAACGGCCACCUGCUCUGCAAACAGGAAGCUGCCCUUCAGUAUAAAAGCCCAUAUUAACUUUUGUUUGACGUUUUAAUUUGGAAAAAUAAAAAUAAAAAAUCUGCUGAACAAA